GCUGAGUAAACACGUGUGGAGUGUACUCGACGCCCGCAAAGUUUCCCGCGAAAGAUAUCGCUGAGCAAAAUUUAAUAAGUUUGAAUAUUUGUGCGAAAUAAGUGUUGUAAAAUAUUAUUGUGUUUAAGUGAGUGUAAUAAAAAAUCUUGGCAGAGUUUUUACAUAUAGCCAGUGCCAGAAUGGUGACGUCAUAAAGCAAGCGACGAACAAUGUGAAAAUAUGAACGGACCAACACUCGCACGCACAUGAUUUCUAUAAACAACUUCACACACACACAGAAUGCGUACGACACUCACCUCACAUACAAAAACGACACACACAACGACACAAUUCAAACUGAAUUGUUCGAUUAUGAAUCGAACGCGUUCGAAUAUUCAAAUUCAAAUGUGUCGUUACAUUCGAAUUUUACCGAGUACCCUGACAUUCCGUAUUACAUAAAAGCGACAUCUAUGACUUUUUGCAUAGCGAUAAUGUGUUUGGGCGUUAUCGGGAAUGUGAUGGUGCCAAUAGUGAUACUAAAAACUAAGGAUAUGAGGAAUUCCACGAAUAUUUUCCUGGUGAAUUUGAGCAUUGCCGAUCUGAUGGUGCUGUUGGUUUGCACGCCCACUGUGCUGGUGGAAGUCAACUCAAAGCCUGAGACUUGGGUGCUGGGGAGAGAGUUAUGUCUAGCAGUGCCGUUCGUGGAGCUGACGGUGACGCACGCUUCGGUCCUCACAAUCCUCGCCAUCAGCUUUGAGCGCUACUACGCCAUCUGCGAGCCUCUGAGAGCUGGCUACGUCUGCACGAAGACCAGGGCCACCCUCAUUUGUGCGCUGGUGUGGUUCUUCGCAGCUCUUUUCACGAGCCCUAUUUUGGCGAUUGCUGAACACAACACCGUAUCUGGACCUGAUGGGACCACGUACUCACAAUGCCUCACGCAAGCUGCCAAUUUCUGGGAAAUCACCUUCUUCAUCACCAUCAUCCUCUUCCUUUACGCUCUACCUCUCAUCAUCCUCAUCGUCUUAUACAGCAUCAUAGCUAAAAACCUCAUUACAGCCGCUUCCAAAGUCGUCAUGAACAAAACAGUCGAUCCUUACAACACAAGGGCAAGAAAACAAGUAAUUUUAAUGUUAGGAACUGUCGUAUUAUGUUUCUUUCUCUGUCUGAUGCCGUACAGGGUGUUAACAUUAUGGAUUAUAAUAACACCAUCGGAAAUAACAGAAAACAUGAGCCCAGAGAAAUGGUACAACAUACUAUACUUCUCAAGGGUAAUGCUGUACAUCAAUUCGGCUAUAAAUCCAAUCCUCUAUAAUUUAAUGUCGUCCAAGUUCCGGAUCGGCUUUUGCAAAGUCUGCGUUUGGUGCAAGAAAACAUCAGAUAUUCAAAACAAGCGUGUACAAAGGACAGCGACAAACGGAUCGACCACAAGCAGCAGUUUGUCACGAACUACUAACAGUUUGAAGAAACUUUUCACCCAUAGAGGUAGUAUUGACAAAAGUGACGUUGAUUCAGAGACCAAAGAUGAUAAUGUAGAAAAAGGCUUUUUCGAUAAGAUAUUCGCUAAGAAAACAUUUGUCAGACAACAGUCUGCGCCACUAUGUUUAAAUCCAAAGACGGUAGAUAGCAUAUCGAGCGAGGCGAACGUUGAGAUUUCCGACUUAACUGAUAUUAGAAGGGGUGAUGUUGAAAAUUUUCUAGGUCAUUCCGAUAGAAAUAGGUCAGAUGUUGAGCUGGAUCGGACACAUGGUUCUUUAAGGCGUAGUGUUCUUAUAAACAGUGCUAAAGCUAAAAGUGUUGACAGUGAGAGUAAGAAAUCUGUGUUGUACAAAAAGAUUAAAGUGGAUUGUGUUGUAGCCUUUCACAAGUCGAAGAGUGUCGAUUUCGAGUGCCCUGAGAGCUUCGUUUGACAUGUUGUUGUUUUGUUUACUUGCAAAGCGUAUAUUACUUUUCACUUAUCAUUGAUUGUAAACAACAUUGGUUUUGACAUGUAAGUUACAAUAAAAUAACUGUUUAUUGCACCACAAUGAAUUACAGCAAAUUUAUAAUUGUGUACUAAGAGAUAUCACUAAAAGGCGACCUUAUCACUCUUAAAGCGAUCUCUUCUAGGUAACCUGUAAAUUGUGUAUAAAACUUCACCCGGAAAAAAGAUGAGCAGGUUGCGCUAAGUUGACUUAUAGCCUAUUCUAUUGUCAAUAUACCUACCUAUAUUCCACUGUUAAGUUAUUGCUGACCAAAUUUUAGUAAAUGCGUAAAUCAGGCUAAGUGAUUACAUCAAUAAAUGGGAAAAAGUUAUGUUUUAAAACUGUAACGUGUUACUUACAAUAAGAAUUUACAACUAUACUAUCAGAUGAAGAUUUUUUUUGAGUCCGUAACAAUUUGUAGUGUAUUUUGUUUUUAUUCUCAGUAUUAUUUUUUUAGUUAACUUACC